AUGCGAUCGGUGGGAUUCUAUCAAGAGGCGUUGGUGCUGCUUUGGCACGUCUUGACGCUGAACUCGAACUUCACCAAGCGAGUGGUCGAGCGACACGACACCAACGAGUUUCUCUUGUCCCUCAUGUAUUUGCUACAGCAGGCACGGGCCUCUGUGCACUUGAUUGGCUUACUGCACACGGCCUCCUUCGUUCUCCUGGUCCUCUCUUCGGAGCGCGCCUUCGCGGUGCGGCUCAACGACCCGUACGUGGCAAAGAAGGUUCCCCUGGAGAUUCCCGCCUUCCACGGAAACCACGCUGAUGUCUUCGCGCUCUCCUUGUACAAGGUCAUUUCAGAGAGCCUUCCCAAGACGCAGAACGACGCCUUGGUGGAGAUGCUCUUGACUGCCCUGUGCAAUGUUUCUCCAUAUGUGAAGUGCUUUUGCUUAGAGAGCUGCCUGAAGCUGGUCUCCUUGGUGGAACGCCUUUCGCGGCCCAGCUAUCUCUUUCGCACUCCUUUCACGCAUCAUGGGUUGCUUUUCUUGGUGGAGAUGUUGAACAACAUUGUGCAAUAUCAGUACGAGGGAAACACCAUGAUGGUCUAUGCUAUCUUGCGGCAAGCAGAGGCCUUCUCUAAGAUGGAGAAGCUUAGCCUUGCGGAUUCCAAGAAGGCCGGCGAGGAGACGUCGAAAGUCGCCUGUGUGCAAAUUGCGGCUUUUGAAGUCGCUGUUUACCCCAGCAAUAAUCCACUGCUCCAGCAUCAGUCUCGGUCCAACUUCGCCGUCGAACGCGCAGCAUUCGAAGCACGGGAGCAGCGGACCAUGGGAGCAGAAGCCAGUUCCGAGGUGCCAAACGAAGCAAACGAAAAGGAGUCCUCAGCCGGGCCUGCGGAGCCUGCGGAGCCUGCGGAGCCCGCUGCGUCUGACGGCGGAGCUGGCCUUGGUGUGUUCGAGGCUUUGUCAGCUUUCUUUUCUGGCGAAGCAGAGGACCGUCCCGGCGAGUCGGUCGCGGUGGAUCCGCCCACGUCUGGAUAUCCUGAAGAACAAUCACAGAGGACCUCUUCGGAACCGGACGACGCCGCGAGCCCCACGACGUCUCAGCGGAGAGGCACUCGGAGGUGGACGGUGCCCGAGCGCCCGCCGCCGCCGCCGCUGCCGGCGACGCCGCUGAACGCCUUGGCGCUCGCUUCGCACACCGAGCGGAGCGGUGGACGGCCAGGCCGAAGGUCAUCAACAUGGUAUGGUCAAUCACCCAUGGAUUUGGGCGGGCCGCCGAACUUUCAAGAUGAUGAUCCGCUGCCGAGGCCCGCGGUCACCGAGGCCUCCGAGCCGGAUCCUGACUGCCGGGAGGAGGGUCCCCUCUCGUUGAGCACACGGGUGGAGUACUCCGCCAUGCCCAAGGGCGCAACGAUGGCGGUCUUUGGCUUGGUGACCGUGCAGGCUGCUCAGGCUGCUCCGGCUUCCGCGGAUGCCCAAAGCGGUGAGUCCACGCGGAAGCCCAUGGACCUAGUGUGUGUCCUCGAUGUCUCUGGCUCUAUGGGGGCCAGCAGUAAGAUGGACGACUUGAAGGCUGCCGUGCGCUUUAUCAUCCAGGAGUCCACUUCCGAGGAUCGGCUAUCGUUGGUGACCUUCCAGUCCCAUGCGGCACGACGGCUUCCCUUGCGCCGUAUGGACCGAGCGGGGCAAGACAAAGCCACAGUGGCGACGCUCCGCAUGUCCUCAGGAGGUGGGACACGAAUCGCCAGUGGCUUGGAACUGGGCUUGCAAAUCUUGGAACAGAGGCGCCAGCGGAACAAGGUUUGUGCGAUUUUGCUGCUGACCGAUGGGCAGGACGGCAGUUGCCGCGGGCCGAUGUCACAACUCUUGCAGCGAGCCUCAAAGAUGGGCUGCGGGAUCUAUCCCUUCGGCUUUGGUUCGGAUCACGACUCGGUGCUGCUGCGGGACAUCUCGGAGCGCGCCAAGACGCCCUUCACCUACGUGGAGGAGACCUCGACCAUCAAGGAGGCCUUUGCCGGGGUGGUGGGCGGCUUAAGCAGCAUCGUUGCACAGCGGGUGCAGCUGACCUUGACUUGCCCCGCGCGACUGAAGGAGAUCAAUACACCCUUUGAAGUGCGACGUGAGGGUGACCAGAAAGCCAUCGUGACCAUCCCAGACAUCUUCGCCGAGGAGCGGAGAGAUCUCCUGGUGGAGUUAGAAGUCUCUGCCAAUGCGGAGGAGACUGUGCUCCUGGAGGCCUGCGCUCGAUACCUGGCGGUACGAGAACAGGAGGUGCUGGUUCAGACACCAGUGGUCACCAUGACUGUUCAACGUGUCGAUGAACCACAGCCCGAGAUGGAGCCCGACUCGGAGGUCUAUGAGCAACGACAACGCUGGGAGGUGAGUCAAGUGAUGGAAUUGGCUUCCAGAAGUGCUGAUCAAGGGCAACUUGAGGAGGCCCGCGAGUUGUUGCGCAGCAAGCGGCGCACCUUGGCGGGCGGCCGCUCCACCGUCCUCACCGAGGCCUUGACGGUGGAGUUGGAGGACGCCGAGUCGAGGAUGCGGAACCUGGGAUCGUGGACUCUGGGCUCAGCAGAGGUGCGCGAUGCCAUGACCAUGCACCAGAUGCAGCGGACCACCAACAUGACGGCCAGCAUGUCUUGGAGGGGGGGAGACGAAGUCUUCGAAGACCCUGUACGCCUCGUCGAUCCAAGCGGAGCGCAUCCGCCGGAGCACCGUCGUCGGCUUCGACGGCUCAUCUCUUCCGUCGCAUGCGGCGAGAGACGGACGAGGACCUCCGCCGCCGCCGUCAGGAGACCGCGCACGUGCACACACUGUUUGUAUGUCGGCCCCCGCGACGGCACCAGCUGCCACGGCACCAGCCGCAGCGUCAACAGCCGCACCAGCCGCGGCUGGCUCUAGUUCUGGGACCAGCGAGUCCCGGUGAGCACCAGGUGAGACCCUUUAGAGGGGAACGCUUUUCUUUGGUCUACUUCACAGUGGGCACCUUCAGCAGUGCCAGCGCGGCGGUGCGUCGAGCCUUUGCUGCUGCCAGCGGCGAGAGCGACGUGCCGACAGCACAAAGCUUGCAGAAGGCAAAGGUAAUGGCCAAGUGUUGAACAAUGUGAUGGGCAGUGAUGUUGAAAAAAGGUAUGCGAUUUCGCACGCGAUGGCCAGCAAGGUAGAAUCAGAAUUUUACAAUGACACCAUGUUGGACUCUCCAAGAGGAGGUUGGUGGAAGUUGUUGG